AUUAUCUGAUUGUUUUAGUUGUCUAAAAGGGUUCAAUCGAAUAAUAUAUUUUAGCUGACAAAAUACCGAUUCGAUUUACAGUUAACCCUAAUUCCCAAUUUCGAAAAUGUCUCGACCAAUGACCACCAACAUCUCCACCAUGAGACCAUCUUCUUCAUCAUCGACGCCUUCAUCGGCGACCAUGACGACCACCGUCACCGUAGAAAACAACGCCGAACAACAACAGCAUCAGCUUCCACAGCAAUCACAAACCCUAGUUUUACGAUUGAAACGGAGGGAAAAGAAGGUUACCUGGAAGGACGACACGAUAGACAACGAAUUUAUGCAAAAGAAAAGCUCUAAAAAGUGUUGUAUAUUCCACAAAGAAAAAUCGUUCGAUGAGGAUUACAGCGAUGAAGACGAUGAUCAUGAUCACGAUCAUAAUCAUGAUCAUAAAUCUGAUGGGGCAAGUUCUUGUAAGGAGGUUGAUUAACUAAUUGAUGUUGUGUUUUUUAAUUAGUUGAGAAAUUAAAUAUAUUGGAACAGAAAUUAUUAAAAUCUUUGUGUUUUUUGUCUUUUGAUAUAACAAGAAGAAGAAUUAUUAAUUGAUUUGGUACUGAA